UAUUAAUUUAAAUUACGCACUAAAAAUGCAUCCUACAACAUAAUUACUUUAAGAAGCUAGAGAUAGAGUGACAUUUCCGAUUUAAGAGCUAACCAAACUUAUCUAUGGAAAUGAAGAGAUCUAUCAAACCUUUAUGAAAGCAUAAAAGAUCAUAGAAAAUGAACCAACUAUUAAAAAUCAUCCUGAUUAUCACAAUUGGGGACGCAAAGAACAGAUUAUCAAAUCAUAUGAAAAAAUAAGAAUUAUGCAUUAACAUUUUAAUCUAAGCAAUGCUGCUCAUUGGGCACCUAUGUUAAGUUUAUUCUAAGGUACAACACCUUCAGCAGUAUCAUUUGGAAUGACUGUUCCUGCUUUGAGGUUCCUUGGAACAGAUGAAUAAUUCAAUCUCUGGGGUCCUAAAUUUCUUACUAUGGAAAUUGUCGCUGCAUAUGCUUAAACAGAAAUUGGACAUGGAAGUGACGUCUAAAAUUUAGAAACCAUAGCAACAUAUAAUUCAUAAACUAAUGACUUUGUGUUGCAUACACCUUCAGUCUCAGCUGUCAAAUGUAAACAUUAAGAAAUAUUUAUUAGUUUGGCCAGGAGAACUGGGAUUUUUAUCAAAUUAUGCGCUUGUUUAUGCUAAGUUGAUUUUUAAUGGUAAGAAUAAAGGAGUCCAUCCUUUUAUGGUUCAGAUUAGAGAUAACUCAACACAUAAGCCAUUAAAAGGUGUAGCAGUUGGAGAUAUAGGACCAAAGUUAGGAUAUUCUACAAAAGAUAAUGGAUUUUUAGCAUUUGAUAACUAUAGAAUUCCUUUGAAUAGUUUACUAGCUAGAUACGUUAGGAUAGAGAAUGGAUAAUUUUCAAGACAUGGAAAUGAAAAGGUAAACAUAAAAUAUCAUAUAUUAGAUAUCAUAUGCAUCAAUGAUGGUAUCUCGACAAUUAAUUAUUUUCAUUUAUCCUAGAAUGGCCGCUUAAAGUUUAACUGUAGCCAUCAGAUAUUCAAUAACUAGAUAAUAAUUUACAAAUGAUAAAGGUGUAGAGAACUCAGUACUAGAAUAUUAAACAUAAUAAGACAAAUUAUUACCAAGAUUGGCCACAUGUUAUGGGAUGAUCUUUGUAGGUUUCCGUAUAAUGGAAUUAGUGGAUGACAAUUUCCAUAGAGUGUAAAAGAAAGACUUUAGUACUUUGUAGUAAUCACAUGCAAUUUUAAGGUAUAUAAAUUAAAAUAUUAUCUAUAGUGCGUUAAAAGCUUGGUCUUCUUAAUGGGUUGUUGAUACUGCUGAAUGGUGUAGAUUGUCAUGUGGUGGUCAUGGUUAUGCACAUUAUUCAGGAAUUCCAGCCAUUUAUUUUGAUACUGCUCCUAAUGUUACAUUAGAAGGAGAGAAUCAAGUAAUGUACCUUUAAGUAGCAAGAUACUUACUUAAAGUCUUAUAAUAUGUGGAAAAGAAUCCAGAAAAAGUUCCAUUUUAUUUUAAUUUUGUACUCCACAUAAAAGAAACUUUAGCUAAUUAAAGUACAGAAUAUGGAUAGUUAUUAAAAUUGACUUUAACAAUCUAAUUAAUAAGUGUUGCAAAGAAGAUUAAGGAUAGCAUGAGUACAGGUAAGAAUUUUUAACAAGUUUGGAAUGAAGUAGUUGGAGUACAAUUAUUAUCAGUUGCAUAAAGAUAUGCUGAAUAUUUUACAUAUUUAGUAUUUUAAGAAUAAAUUUAAAGUGCGAAUUCCUCAGUAAAGGAAAUAUUAUAAUAAUUGUGUGAUUUGUAUUCAUUGUAAGUAAUUUUGGAUAAUCCAAACACUCUAAUUGAAUCUGGUAGGAUUAAUGGUGAACAAUUUAAGUAGCUUAAUGAAGCUAAAAUUGAAUUAUUGAACAAGAUCAAACCUUAAGCCUUGGGUUUGGUUGAAGCAUUCAAUUUUAGUGAUAAUGCUUUAAGAACUUGUAUUGGAUGUCAUGAUGGAAAACCAUAUGAAUAUAUUUAUGAAUGGGCCACAAAAGAGAACUCAGUUAAUAUUAAAGGAGUGCCUCAAGCUGUUAAUGAUUUGAUGGGCACUAAAAUCAAAGCUAGAUUAUGAUAUUAAUUAUUUU